AUGGCUGAACCAAAACCAGUAGAUGUUCCCAACACAAAGGGCGAAGAUAUUCAUACCGAUAGCGAGACUGCCUUCACUCCUGAUCCAACCGAUGCGCAAUCAUCUGUAGGCUCUUCUCCAGUAGACCACGAUGGAAUUCACACGCCCACUCUGGGCCCUACCAUUCCGGGGAGCCCCAGACUCUCAAGGAAUCCUUCCUUCUCGGGUAGUAGCUCCUACCACGAAGACUGGGACCCCUUUCCACCGCUUGACCGACUUACCGUUCUCGAUCUUCUGGACAACUUUGCACUCCCUCAGCAGCUAGAGAAGCUGCAAAAAGGGAUAUCUGCUCAGACGCAGAAGGUUCGGAAAUCGAGAGAUGCCUUCAAGAAUAAGAGCCAGCACGCACGAGAGCGCAUGGUCGAGGAGUGGAGACGCCGUGUUCCUACUGCCGAAGAGCAGCUGGAGAGGUACAGAAAACGCAUGCGUGUCAGUGUUGACAAACUCGGCAAGCAGUGGAACGACACCAGGGUGGUGACGUUACGUGAAAAGGUAUCCUUCAUCUGUGGCGUCAUGAACAUCUUCGCUAGCGGGUUCCUUAUUGGAGGAUACCCCGAGUAUUUCCACCUUUGGUACACCGUUCAGGUUCUAUACUUCAUGCCCAUUCGUUAUUUUACCUACCAUCGCCGCGGUUAUCACUAUUUCUUAGCCGAUCUUUGCUACUUCGUCAACUUCCUCCUCAUGCUCAGUAUCUGGGUCUUCCCUAGCUCAAAGCGACUCUUCCUAGCUGUUUACUGCUUGGCUUUCGGCAACAACGCAGUUGCCAUCAUCAUGUGGAGGAACUCGCUCGUCUUUCACAGCUUUGACAAGGUCACGUCUCUCUUCAUACAUAUCAUGCCUUGCGCGACGCUUCAUUGCAUGGUCCACCUGUGGUCUGAAGAGAUGCAGGCGAGCCGUUUCCCCGCUGUAUGGACGAUCAAACAUUCUCCGGCUGGCUCAUCAACCGCGUACGGCAACGUCUUGUCCAUGUUAGCAUGGAGCUCUAUUCCAUACGCAGUUUGGCAGCUGUCGUACUACUUUUUUAUUACCGUUCGGCGCCGAGAGAAGAUUGCGGCGGGCAGGCCCACCUCUUUUACCUGGCUGCGUAAAUCGUACUCAAAGAGUUGGAUUGGCAAGCUGGUGCUCUCACUCCCAGAUCCCUUGCAAGAAGCAGCCUUCAUGUUCAUACAGUAUUCGUAUGCAGUGCUGACAAUGCUUCCAUGUCCGAUCUGGUUUACAAGCAGAUACGCUUCAGCAGGAUUCUUAAUGGUGGUAUUUACAUGGAGCGUCUACAACGGGGCCACUUACUAUAUUGAUGUUUUUGGAACACGCUUCCAGAAAGAGCUCGAGUCACUCAGGGCCGAGGUCAAACAGUGGCAAAAUACACCUGAAAUGGCAGGCCAUUCGCCUUUGAUGACACCAAACCCCGAUGGUCUGGCACCGAGCGAGCUUCACUUGUCACCCGCCAAUGGCUCCGUGGAAGAUGGCAAGCUCGACCACGCUCUUAAGGACGAGAACUCUGUGAUACGGGAGACUGUAGAGGCUGGCGGGCCCGCAGUAGACAAUAUCCCACUUCUGAGUGUGGAGCUUUCAGCCCAAGCAGCGGCCAGUGGUGUGGAUGGAGGCGCCAGAGAUGUUGCCAGAGAGAGGAAAGCAGUGCCGUCAGAGUGA